AUGGCUGUUGCAAGGUUAUUUUAUGAUUCUUGCAUCCCAAUUAAUGUUAUUAAUUCAAUUUAUUUUCAACCUAUUGUGGAUGCUAUAACUGCAAUUGGUCUUGGGUAUAAAAUUUCAACUUAUCAUAAUUUGUGUGUAAAUUUAUUGAGAGAUGCUAGGAAAGAAAAGCAAUUACUUAUUGAUGGUUACAAGAAAACUUGGGACGAUGUUGAAUGUACUUUAAUGGCUGGUGGUUGGACAGAUAAUUCACAUAGGUCACUGAUUAAUUUUCUAGUAUACUGUCUUAAAGGAGUGUGUUUUGUGAAAUCAGUGGAUGCUUUAGAUGUUGUAAAGGAUGUUGCAACAUUGUUCAGCUUGUUUGAGGAAAUAGCUUUAUGGGUUGGACCAAACAAUAUUGUCCAUCUUGUCACUGACAAUAGAGCAAAUUAUAAAGCUACUGGAAGAAUGUUGUCUAAAAAAUAUAGCAGUAUUACUUGGUGUCCUUGUGCAGCACAUUGCAUCAAUUUGAUGUUAAAAGACAUAGCUGAGAUGAGUCAUAUAGUUAACCUUUCGAAACGUGCAUCUGAGGGUUGGACAGAAAUUAUACGCCCAAGUGCAACCAAUUUUGCCACAACUUUCAUUGCAUUGAGCAGCCUACAUCAACACAAACAUGACUUGCAAUCUACAGUGAAAGAUAAAACUUUUGUGGAGUCUCGAUAUGCAAAAACUAAUCAAGGCAAAGCCUUUAUUUCCAUAGUUGUAGAUAACCGGUUCUGGGAUGACAUUGAUAUAAUUUCCAAAGUUGUGAGUCCAUUGAUGCAUAUGCUCCAGAUUGUAGACUCAGAUGAGAGGCCUUCAAUAAGAUAUGUGUAUGAUGGCAUGUACAGACAAGGAUGGGGAUCAAAAAGCUAUUAA